AUGAACUUCUUCUUUCCGGAUCAUCGCGCGCUUUACAUCGCUGAGUGUGCGACGCAUUCUUUACAUAAUAUCGUUACUUUGAGAGGGGUGCUGGUGAGGGAUGCGCAGGCUUGGGCAAGAUAUCUGGAUGAGUCGCUCGUCCUGCUCGGGGGUCGGUCGGAGGUGUUAUGUGCCGGGCAUAAUUGGCCGACCUGGGGCCGGAGAGAGAUUCAACGGCUGAUUGCCGAACAGAGGGAUCUAAGGGCGUGGCAUGCACAGGGAUUCUACGGAUCGGCCUGCCACAACGUCAUGGGCAUCUAUCAACGCUACAUGGGGUGGUUCGACGGCAACCCGAUCCAUCUUUGGAAGCCUCCGCCUGUAGAGAACGCAAGGCGCUGCGUCGACUGCAUGGGAGGAAUCGAUACAGUGGCGCAGAAAGCCGAGGCGUACGCUCGCGAAGGGGAUUUGCGAUUCGCUGCUACGCUCUUGGGACAUGCAGUCGCCUUGCAUCCAACCGAUAAGAAGCCUUGGUUGGCUUUGGCUUCUGUGUUGGAGCGACUGGGCUACGGUGCGGAGAGUUCGACGUGGAGAAAUUUGUAUCUCUCCGGGGCGCUGGACCUCCGCGAAGAAGUUGAGCGCCAUACUGUGUACUCCGGGGCUGGCGGGCCGGGGGCUCACCCCCUUCACUCGGUGGAGCAGUGGCUGAGUCUGCUGUCCGUCCGGCUCAAUGAGCCUCGGGCAGCAAGUGAGGCCCUUGUGAUCGACAUUCAUGUGAGAGACAUGGGCCGCUGGUGGAGAUUGAUUGUAAUUAGUGUGGUGUUGACAGCCCGCACGACCAUCGAACAAGUGGAAUCAGAGGAGAAGCCUGGGUUUAUGUUGUCCGUCACGAAGCAGCAGCUUGGGGUGAUUUUGAGCGGCCAAGCGAUUCUUGUAGGGCUGGAUUAUGAAGGAGAGAGGCGACUUUUGACCAAUUUCUUAGAGUUGAUGGCAUGA